AUGGAGGACUUUCUGCUCUCCAAUGGGUACCAGCUGGGCAAGACCAUUGGGGAAGGGACCUACUCAAAAGUCAAAGAAGCAUUUUCCAAAAAACACCAAACAAAAGUGGCAAUUAAAAUUAUAGACAAGAUGGGAGGGCCGGAAGAAUUUAUCCAGAGAUUCCUGCCUCGGGAGCUCCAGAUUGUCCGUACCCUGGACCACAAGAACAUCAUCCAGGUGUAUGAGAUGCUGGAGUCUGCUGACGGGAAAAUCUACCUGGUGAUGGAGCUGGCUGAAGGCGGGGACGUCUUUGACUGUGUGCUGAAUGGGGGGCCACUUCCCGAGAGCCGGGCCAAGGCCCUCUUCCGUCAAAUGGUCGAGGCCAUCCGCUACUGCCAUGGCUGUGGUGUGGCCCACCGGGACCUCAAGUGUGAGAACGCCUUGUUGCAGGGCUUCAACCUGAAGCUGACUGACUUUGGCUUCGCUAAGGUGUUGCCCAAGUCACGUCGAGAGCUGAGCCAGACGUUCUGCGGCAGCACAGCCUACGCCGCCCCCGAGGUGCUGCAGGGUAUUCCUCACGAUAGCAAGAAGGGCGACGUCUGGAGUAUGGGCGUGGUCCUGUACGUCAUGCUCUGUGCCAGCCUACCUUUUGACGACACAGACAUCCCCAAGAUGCUGUGGCAGCAGCAGAAGGGGGUGUCCUUCCCCACUCAUCUGGGCAUCUCAGCCGAAUGCCAGGACCUGCUCAAGCGGCUCCUGGAACCAGACAUGAUCCUCCGGCCUUCAAUCGAAGAAGUUAGUUGGCAUCCAUGGCUAGCAAGCACUUGAUAAAAGCAAUGGCAAGUCCUCCCCAAUAAAGCAGGGGGAGAAAGCAAACCCAAAAACGCGCUUCUAAAAUGGUGAUAUAUAUUUUACACUUUAAGUUUACUUGUGUCCUAAAACUUACCUACACCUUCCCCGGCCUUUUCUCUCUCUUUCCCUUGAAAUAUCUUGGUGGAACCACAGGGCCUCAUUCAGACUUCCCUUUUAUUACAGCUAACAAGUGAUUUGCACACAGGCGUUUUAACUAAAGUUAAUUAAAAACAGACCCCAGAAUCAUACAUGUACAGGGGGAGGAGAGGAGAAAAAUGACCAAGAGCAGCUGGAACCACUGUUGCUGCAACUUCCUUUCCAAAUAAAAGCAGAAGCGUUGGGAA